AUGCUACUCCAGAUGCACACACGCACAAGUACGUGUACAUGUUGUGUGUUAUAUAUAAAGUUGUAUCUAUAUAUACGACCUAAAACCCUUUCAAUUUUUAAUUUCUUCGAUAUUCCUUAAUAGUUUUAAUCUCUAGUGAUGAUGAUAUGAGGAAUUCGAAUUUGAUUAUUCAAUCUUUGAUUUUUCCGAUUUUGUUUUCAUUGGUUUUUUUCAAGAAUUUUUAAUAUUAUUGAUUUGAUUUGAGGAGUUCCCAAAAAAUCAUGGAAGAAAAAGGUCAACAGGGAAAAGAUCGAGUCUCUCCUGCUUCAAUCUCAGCUUUGCCCUUACAUGGUGAUGGGCUUGUGCCUGAUAACUACAUGGAUAAGCCACUUUCUCCCAAAGAUGAAAGGAUUGUUUCUCCAAAUCCUUCUCCAGAUGCAGCCCUCACAGGUUCCAUGAGAAAUAUAUCCAACCAAUCAGAACCAUUGAAUGCAAGUGGAGCUCCAACCCCUGUAAAUCCAUCCAAUAUUUUUGCUCCUCCAGAGCAAACCUACUUUUAUGGAGGUUAUGAUGAUGGGUCAGCUAACUGGGGAGACUAUUCUAAUUAUGUUCAUGCUAAUAACUUGCAGAUUGUGCCUCCGGCAAUUUACAAUGAGAAUGCAUCAUCACUAUUAUUUCACCCUGCAUAUGGAUUCGAUUACAGCCAGUUUUCUCCUGUUGCUAGUCCCAUGUCUCCAAUAAUGAUAGAUGGACAGCUGUUUUCACCUCAUCAAGUUCCAAUCUCUCCUUCUUACUACUCACAGCCUGUUUCUCCUAACUUACCUCAAACCGAUCUUUCACCACAACCAAACAGUGGGAUGCAAAUGCAAGAGGGUCUUGGGGACAAUGUUUUUAUGGCUCCAAGUCCAGGAUCAGGUUAUUAUUUACAAUAUGGUUCUUUUGGUGGUGUGAAUGUGAAUGGAAACCCUUCUGGAAAUAACAAUUUUGGAUAUUAUAAAUAUCCAGGAGACAUUGGGUCUAAUGAAUCAAUGUCUUCAGAUACUAGUAGCUUUGUGUCUCCAAUCACAUCUGGGGGUUUAUACCCUGCUCCACUUGGUAUUCUUGGGUCAUAUGAACACAUUUUUAGUCAGAUUCCGCAACAGCAGGCUGGAUACGGAUACGGAUACGGGUCAGUAUCCGGAUCCGGAUCCUCCACAAGACGCUACCCACAAAGCGGAUCUUUUCGAGGGCAUAACUAUGGAAACAAUUCCAUUUUUCAAGGGGAAGCAAGUCGCCUGAACCGUUUCAUCCCUGAAAAAGGAGGGAAACAUAGGGACAAAGAUGGAAUUAGCAUGAUUAGUGAACCACAUGGUACUACCAGUGAUCGAAACAGGGGACCAAGGGCGUCAAAGGCAAAAGGAGAGCAGAUAUUAUCUCCCGAGGGUAAAAUCGACCUUUACAAUCAACCGGAUUUUGUCACGAGUUAUGAGAAUGCAAAAUUCUUUGUAAUAAAGUCUUUUAGUGAAGAUAAUGUCCAUAAAAGUAUCAAGUAUAGUGUUUGGGCAAGUACCCCUUUGGGAAACAGAAAACUUGAUGCUGCUUAUCAAGAAGCAAAGGAAUCUGAAGCCAAUUGUCCAGUCUUUCUCUUCUUUUCUGUAAAUGCAAGUGGACAGUUUUGUGGAGUUGCAGAAAUGGUGGGACCCGUAGAUUUUGUGAAUGAUGCAGAGUAUUGGCAGCAGGACAGGUGGAGUGGCCAAUUCCGUGUCAAAUGGCACAUCAUCAAAGACGUUCCAAAUAGCCGAUUCCGACAUAUUCUUCUUGAAAAUAAUGACAACAAACCUGUUACUCAUAGCAGAGAUUCACAAGAGGUGAAACUAGAAGUGGGGAUUGCAAUGUUGAAGAUCUUUAAAGAUCAUGAUGCAGAGACAUCAAUCUUGGAUGAUUUUGGUUUCUAUGAUGAACGAGAGAAGGAUUUGCAGGAAAAAAGGUCAAAAGAGCGUGAAUUUACCAAAAACACCCUCAAUGUCAAUGAUACUUCAAUAACUCAACUUGCUGAUAAAGUUGCAGACUCCCUCCAUGUGGAUGAGAAGACGGAAAUACAGUAAAACAAAAAAAAUAGUAAAUCGGUUGUUCUUUUAUACUCCCGGAAGUGGUAAAAGUUGAAACUACUCUGACCCGUAAAUUGUUUUAGUAAAAUAUGGUAAUUUUUCGGUGUUUUGAGAGGGAGUGGGGUAUGGGAGUUUGACUGUUUGACUUUUGGGCAACCUUGUAAUUUGUCACCCCUUCUUGUUUCUAAAAGGGUAGGUGGUGGUGAGAGAAGGAUAUGUAGUUUAAAGUUUUUUGGUUUAUUUGUGGUGGUGGUUAUUGAGUUGCUCCUCAAAAGUGUACAAUUUCUAAAGUAAAAGAAUUAAUGAAAAUAUAUUAUGCUAGCAAA